GUCAGUCGACCGGAGGCGUACGGUUGCGUCGGACGUUCGCGGUUCAACUGCUCAUCAUCGCAAGCAAGUGGUGCGUGCGAAGCGUGCUCGUUGUGGACGACACACAUGUUGGCCAGACGUCCGGAUCAGUGAGACGAACAGUUCUGUCGCCGCGAGAACGACGUCCGCACGAUUUGCCCCGUGCAAACCUGGAAGAGUCACCGUAGUUUAGUGCAGCAUCGAUGGUAUCGCACCUAUAGCGGUACCGACGACGACGCGACACGGUGCCUAUGUGCGGGUGAUUAAAACGAAUAAGUGCGGUCCUCACUCACUUAGGUACUGGCUCUCGGUACUCCGCCUGUGUGCAGAGUGAGAAGUAGAGUCGUAGGAUUUGUGCUGGAUUUGAGGGCGGUGAACACCGUUUAUGUUUUUGUGGGCCACUGGCCAAAUCUUGAGAGGUGUGUCUUCAAAUAAAGUUUCCAUUAGGCAGUGAGCUCCGAAUAGAUUUCUCCGGUCACUCCGAAUUGUGUCACCGAGAAAAGCGUUGAAGCCUAGAGAAAAAAAAUCAUAAUUGAUGGAAUUCGGUGGCAGUAGAUUGUGAUUGGUGAAUCGGUCAAUUUUUCGAACAGAGAAAAAGUGUCCCGAGGGAAAAUAAGGCCAAUCAUGGCAUCGAUAUCGUUGCCUCGAGUGCUACAGAGCAGGAAGAACAGUCUGGACAUCGAACAGGAAAAUCUAAUCAAGAACAUGAUUGCAUUAAAUUGACAACAAAACAUAACCUAAAGAAGUCUACAGGACGCACGCAUUUCAACCAAAAGCCAUAUCCCAAUAGAUCUACAAACCUCGAGUUUAACUAAACAUUUUUAAGAUCAUUUCAACUUUUGCCAUCAUCAACUUCCAAUUCAAAAGGGAAGCACUGCAAAAAAUAUGAAACUAAAACAAUCGUAUUAGAAAGUACCGCAUGGAACUGCACACGAUUAGGAUCACAAACAAGAAUAGCAAUUGUGCAAGAAACACAUCGAAUAGUUGAGUGAACAUUAAAAAGGAUAAUUAACGGCUUUUACUUUCCAUUUUUUUUCUAACCAUCGCCGUUUUUGGCUGACUGCUAAUCACAGCAAUUGAUACGAAAUGAUUGAUAGUGAUUGUAGUUGAAACGGAACUGAUUCCUACUGAAUGACCAAUCGAGGCCAUAUCGAAUUUUAAUUCAAGUUUAAGUGAAAAGUGAUUUUUUAUACAAGGAAUAUAGAAGAUAAUUGUAAAUAUAUUUUAAAACGAUUACAAAAUGUCGCUGACCGAUAAAGAGUAUUAUAAUCUGACCAUGAGCAUCUCCAAGGCGCUGAGCGUCCAGGAGAUUCCCAUCAAGGUCAAGCACGUCCGGGCGGCCAUCAUCGGGACGUUCCACAGCAAGGGAGGGCACGCCUUCUGGGCCAUCGCCGUGCGGCAACCGAUUCAGGACAAUCGGAUCGUGGCGUGGAAGUUCUGCCACCUGUUGCACAAGAUUUUGCGCGAAGGGCAUCCGCACUGCUGCCAGCACUCGAUGCGCCACCGAGCCAUGCUGACCGAAGCCGGCAAGCUGUGGGGCCACCUGAACGAUGGCUACGGGAUAUGCAUCAAACACUACACCAAACUGUUGGUGACGAAGCUGGAGUUUCACGAUCGGAACGUGCAGAUACCGGGCAGCCUGGCGCUGAAGCCGGGAGAACUCGAACGAAUAGGAGACGGUGAUAUAAAUUUCUACUUUCAAUUGGCAGUGGAAAUCUUUGACUAUUUAGAUGACAUCAUUGCUCUACAAGCUACCAUUUUCAACUCCAUCACUACAUUCUGUGUCAGCUCGAUGACUUCGGCAGGGCAAUGCCGACUCGCCCCUCUCAUUCCCUGUAUUCAAGACUCCAACCCGCUCUAUGAUUUCCUCGUCCGGAUAAUGUUCAAAUUACACGCUAACCUCCCUUCGGACCUACUCACAGGCCACCGCGAACGCUUCCGGACCAUCUUCCAUCAGCUUAAAUCCUUUUACAACCAGUCCCGCAACCUUCAGUACUUUGUAAACCUGAUCACCGUGCCCAAACUCCCUGAUAGACCACCCAACUUCGAGCAGCAGAGUGACCUUGGAAACUACCAGGCGCCAGUUGUCGUCAUGCCCGAUUCGGACCCCAUGGAUAACGAUACCGAAUCCAUCGCCUCGGAAAGCCUCAUCGAUACCACCGAAGCUGCACCGCCAAUUCCCGAGCUUCCGCAACACCACCACCACAACAAUGUCCAGCAGGCAACGCCACAGUCCGCCGCCCCCAGCUACCAGGUGCUGGAGUUGGAGCGACUGCUCAAGGAACGGGACGAACUGAUCCGACACCUGCAGACGGAGAUCGAACGGCUUACCAACUAUGUGAAGUCGCUGACGAUCGAACAGCGGGACGUGCAGCACCGGCUCGAGGAUCAAAUCGCCCAGCUGAACUCGCACCUGACGGACACCCGGGCCGAAGUGUCCAACCUGCGGAUCCAGAAGGAAGAAUUGGAGCUGCGGGCUCAAUCAGCACCCACCUUGGAACAAAAAGCCCAAGCUGAGGAAGAACGGGCCAAAGCGAGCGAGGAAAAGUUUCAGAAAAUCAAAUCCAUGUACACCCAGAUUCGGGACGAACACGUCAAGCUGCUUCGACAGACCAAGUUUUAUGAAUACAAAAUCAACUGCUACAGACAGCACGGAGAAAUUGGCAAACAGCUUGCCGCGUCGUCCAAGGCCGCCUCGGACGCCACCAAAGCGAAAGAAGAACUCCGCGUACAGCUGGAGGAAAUCCAACAGCAGCAAUCAAUCGUCCAGGAACAACUUCAGCAAAGUUCUUCCGAAUCCAAGCGGGAACAGGAAGCAGCGGUCGAAGAGCUGAACGUCAUUACCGAGAAGUACGAAACCCUACAGAGCAAGUACGAAGAGAUGGAGGCCAACCGGCAGGCGGAAAUUGCAGAGCUUCGCAUCAACAAGGAACGGGUCGAAGAGGAGCUCAACACUUUUCAAAGCGAACGGGAGGUACUUCAGACGGAGAAGGGAGCUCUGGAGAGCAGUCUGAGUGAGAUCCAGCAGGAGCGUCAACAGCUGGAGCAGCAGUACGAAGAUGUUUUGGGUAAACUGGAGAUGCUGCAGAUAAGAACCGAAGAGCACUCGAAGGAGGAAGCAACGCUGCAACAAAGUGUUAGCGAGAAAUCACAACAAAUGCAAGAACUCCUGGAUCAACUGGAACAACUGCAACGGGACAACGAAACGUUGCAACAACAACACAUCGAACUGGAAGCAGCCAAAGCAGCCCAGCAGGAGGAGUUCGACCGGGUCCACCAGGAAGAUCUGCUCCGGCUAGAUUCGCUGCAGGGCGAAAUAAGCGUGCUGUGUGCGGAAAAGGAUGGUUUAUACGCGGUGAAGCAGGAUACCUGCGCACAGUUGGUCCUGCUGCAAACGGAGUCCAGUCAGCGAAGCGCAGACUUUGAUUCGCUGGAAAGAGACCUCAAAAACGUGAUCGAACAGAAGGAUCACGAGCUGGAGGAGAUCCGAACCAAGUAUCAGGAACUGGAGGAAAAGUAUCAGUCCCUCGAUGCAAACAUGGACCGACUGCUGGCCGAAAAGGGAGCAAUCGAGUCCGACCUGCAAGAUUUACUUCACCAACAGGAGGAAAUGGACCACAAAUACCAGGACGCUCUCGGUACCAUCAAAAAUCUGGAGAACUGUCUGAUCGAUACCAAGAUCAGCGGCGAAACGGCACUCCGAACGCUGCUGGAGGCCUGCAUCAAGUCGUCGGAAAAGCUAACGGUGAGAGCGAUCAGCGAGAACGAGAUGCCCGGCGCCGGUGGCACGCCGACCUACUUCCUGAUGAUCGCCGAAGAGCUCCAGGAGGUGAUGUCCAAGCUGUCGAUCGUCCACGAGAACUACCUGAAGGACAACUCAACGAACGUGGAAUCGCUCGCCCGGAAGGUGAUCAUCGGAGCGCAUCUGCUGGCGUCGGCGCACGUCCAGGGAAUGUCGAUCUGCAACCGGUCCGCCAAUAUCGAGUGCGGUGAACGCAUAGCGGAGGAGAUCAAGGAGCUGAGCGGCUCCAUCACCGGUCUCUUCCAGUCGCUGCAGAAAACGAGCGAAUCGGCCAACGUCUCGGAGAAAAUCACUGACCUGAAAGCGAAACUACACGCGGUCACCGAAAUGAUCGGAGACCUGAGUAAGCAAAGCGACGGCACGGAGAAUCUCGGCGACCUGGUCGAGAACGAACUCACCAGCAUGGACAAGGCGAUCGAGGAAGCGGCUGCGCAAAUCGAGGAAAUGCUUUCGAAAUCCCGCGCGUCCGACUCCGGCAUCAAAUUGGAGGUGAACGAAAAGAUCCUCGACGCCUGUACUUCGUUAAUGCAGGCCAUUCGCAUACUGGUACAAAAGUCACGCCUCCUGCAGUCGGAAAUCGUCGCCCUAGGAAAGGGUUCAGCCUCGGCCAAAGAAUUCUACAAACGCAACCACCAGUGGACCGAAGGUCUCAUCUCCGCUGCUAAAAGUGUGGCUCAGGGAGCUAAUUUCCUGGUGACGGCCGCCAACAAAACGGUUUCCGGAGGGGCACGCCAUCAAUUGGAUCUUAUCGUAGCGGCGCAGGAAAUUGCGGCCUGUACCGCCCAGCUCGUAGUUGCCAGCCGGGUCAAGGCCCCACGCGGCAGUCAGAAUCUGGCUGCGUUGGGCACCGCUUCCAAAAAUGUAACCCAGGCCACCGGAAUCGUGGUGGCAACUGCCAAAGAUUGUAGCCAACGUUUGGAGGACUCGCAGGAUCUUGACCUGGGCUCCCUCACCGUUCACCAGGCCAAAACCAAAGAGAUGGAAAUCCAGGUAAAAGUGCUCGAACUGGAACAGGCCCUACAAACGGAACGGAUGCGACUUGCCGCAUUCCGGAAGAAAAACUACCAAUCCCCAGUGGAAGAUUAAAUGUUAUACUUGGAACUGAUUGUUUACAUCUCUCUAAACCAAUAGUAGGACUAUUGCUUGACAAUACUACUUCGACAAUGAAGCAUUAAAUUUACGGGCCGAACCCAUUCCUUACCGGCGCUUUUAUGUAGAAUCGAAAUGCACCCGCCAACUUCCUGAGGAUGUGAAACUCCUAAAAAGCCAUGAAUAUGAUAGAGAAAGAUAUCUUCGUCGAAAUAUGGAAAACAUGUGUAUCUUUAGAAAAUCAUACGUGUAAUAAUUGUCAAACAAUUUCAACACACCCCUUGGUCGAACAUUGUUUUAUUUCACGAUAUUGUUAUCGAAGCGUAACUUAUUGCUCUGUAAACGAUGCUAAAUUGUAUUUAUAUUUAUACGUAUGUUUCCGAAGAAAGUAUUUUCAAAAACCUAAUCACCUGAGUCGUUUUUUCUUUCUAACUGAUUAGUUAUAAAGUUUACAAUAAUGAUAAUGGGAAAAUAAAAGUACAUUGUCUAUUAGAAGUAAAAUGUAUCAGAAAUUCAAAAAUACAACACGUAUAUCAAAACGAAAUCUGGUACCUAUGAUAAUUUAUUGUUUUGCCUUAGCUUUCCCAUAUAUAUCAUGAGAAUGAUUCAAACGAUUGUUGAUAUAUAUUUUUUUUUUAAAAACAGUUAGUACGUAGGAGAUUAUACAUACUAAAAUAAAUGCUACCGUUAUUCUAUUUUA